ACAUGGCUCCGCGGGCGGAGGCGCGGGGCGGCAGGAGGGGAACCUGUGGGGGCAGGCGCGGAGCGUGUUCAUGAGCGCCAUACUGGCGGAGCCUCCCCCAGAGAUCCGCAGAGAAGUUACUCGUCCCACAAUCAACACCAGCACAGUCAGCGGCACAGACGCACUGACAACGCUGCUGGCAGGGAAUGACAUCCGUAUAGUGCGCCGCCGAGACACCACCCCUGCUGCUGGUGGUGCUGUUGGUGGUGGUGCUGAGCCUCUGAAGAUUAUCCUCCUUCUCCUUGCGUUCACCUGUGCACUGCACGGUGCACCUCUUCCGUCCCUCUGGCAGAUUGAACGGCAGAACGAGCUGGUGGCGGCCCAGCAGCAGCAGAAGAAGAAAAGCGGAGGCACACCCACUGCUGCUGCCGCUGCAGCAGCCAGCACCAGGAGCGUGUGGGCGCCAACCAACGACCCAGCAGCCAUGCUCCAAGCCAAGCUAGACGUUGAAAUGCCUCAGUUCAGGACCCGCCCCUCUGCUGCUGCCUCUUCCGCCGCUGCUGCCGCUGCCAAGGGGGAACUUCGACGCAAAAAGAGCUCUGCCCCUGAUGGAUCAGGGGAAAGUCUCACCUCGACUGCUGCUGCUGCUGCUGCUGCUGCUGCUGUUGCUGCUGCUGUUGCACCUGCAGCUGUGGCGGCUGCUGGUCCUGCUGCUGCUGAUUCUACCGCUGCUGGCGCUCACCCAUUCUGUAAGCCCAUGCCCAUCCAUCCACCAGUCUUGUGUUGUGUUGUUGGUUUCCUUGAGACCCCUGGGGAGAGCACAUCGACUGCUGCUGCUGCUGCUGCUGCUGCUGCUGCUGCUGCUGUUGCACCUGCAGCUGUG